CUGUCUCUGUCUGUAUUGUAAAGCGCAUGCAAUGCAGUGAGAAUUAGUCAUGAAUGAAUGUAGUAUUAUCCAGCUCUCUCUUCUCGAUCGCCACUACCAGCCGCAUGCUGCUGGUGCUAUACAUACUACAUACGUACAAUUAAUAAUUAUUAUUUCCAGUACCAUAUAGUAUUAUUCUUGUCUAAUAAUCUAGCUAGCUCCAAAGCCAAAGCAGAGUGGGUACGAACGAGGUAUACAUACAUACAUAGCUUAAUUAGCAGCACGGUAGCUCUAAGACGGAUCGAUCGAUGCAGAGCAGCAGCAGGCAAUGGCAUCAGCAAUGGCGUCGUCCCAGUCCCAUCUGGAUCUGGUACAGCUGCUAAUCGUUGUGGUGAUGACUAUGACGAUGCUGGUGGGUGGCGGCGAGGCGCUGAGCCUGGACUACUACGCCAAGAGCUGCCCCAAGGCGGAGGCGGCGGUGGCGGCGGCGGUGAAGCAGGCCAUGGCCAAAGACCGCACGGUGCCGGCCGGCCUGCUCCGCCUGCAUUUCCACGACUGCUUCGUCAGGCUGCAGGGGUGCGACGGUUCCGUGCUUUUGGACUCGUCGGGGAACAUGUCGGCGGAGAAGGACGGCCCACCCAACGCGUCGCUGCACGCCUUCUACGUCAUCGACAACGCCAAGGCCGCCGUCGAAGCCCUCUGCCCCGGCGUCGUCUCCUGCGCUGACAUCCUCGCGCUGGCCGCCAGGGACGCAGUCGCCAUGUCCGGUGGUCCUUCUUGGCAAGUGCCGGUGGGUCGUCGUGACGGGCGCGUGUCGCUGGCGAGCGAGACGACGACGGCGCUACCGGGGCCGACGGCGAGCUUCGACCAGCUGAAGCAGGCGUUCCACGGGCGCGGGAUGUCGACCAAGGACCUGGUGGUGCUGUCGGGGGGUCACACGCUUGGCUUCGCACACUGCUCCUCCUUCCAGAACCGCAUCCAGCCGCAGGGCGUCGACCCCGCGCUUCACCCCUCCUUCGCCGCCACCCUCCGCCGCUCCUGCCCACCCAACAACACCGCCAGGUCUGCCGGCUCCUCCCUCGACCCCACCUCCUCCGCCUUCGACAACUUCUACUAUCGGAUGCUGCUCUCCGGCCGUGGCCUUCUCUCCUCCGACGAGGCGCUGCUCACCCACCCCAAGACGCGCGCCCAGGUCACGCUCUACGCCGCGUCGCAGCCCGCCUUCUUCCGUGACUUCGUCGACUCCAUGCUACGGAUGAGCUCCCUCAACAACGUCGCCGGCGAGGUCCGAGCCAACUGCAGGCGCGUCAACUAGCUAGCUAUUUCCACUAGCAUCAUAUCGAUCACACUAUCUUAUCUUAUCCACCACACCAUCCCUGCACUGCAUGUAUGGCCUCAACUCAACUCAACUUAUGUACAACAACAAUAUAACGUCGAAUGGCUAUAGCAUCUUUUAAUUUGUUACUAA